CCCUGCUCUUCCUGUAGUGAGGAUACAGAUAUACUUUUGAACGAUUUGUCUUGACACAUGUCAUACACGGCGAUUAACUACACACGAUCAAAAUGAACUACAUGCCAGGGACCGCGAGUCUCAUCGAUGAUAUAGACAAAAAGCAUCUUGUACUUCUUCGAGAUGGAAGAACGCUAAUUGGGUUUCUGAGAAGCAUUGACCAGUUUGCCAACCUAGUUUUUCAUCAAACAGUUGAGCGCAUCCAUGUGGGCAAGAAGUUUGGAGACAUCCCCAGAGGAAUCUUCAUUGUGAGAGGAGAGAAUGUUGUUUUGCUUGGAGAAAUAGACAUUGAUAAGCUGUGUGACAACGUCUUGCAGCAAGUUUCUAUAGAGGAGAUCCUGGAGGAGCAGCGAUUGCAACAGCAAGCCAAGCAGAAGACAGAGAAAGCCAAGGUGACCGCACUGAAGGACAGAGGCCUAUCCAUCCCAAAAGCAGAUAAUCUCGAUGAAUACUGAAGGCACUUCUGUUCCAUUUUCUUCCGUAAUACUGGACUCCUCAGUUAUAUUUUGAAUAGGGGAUUAUUUUGAAGACUGUGAGAAGAAUGUGUGCUUUGUAGAUGACGCAACGUCACACUAAAUACUGUAGUGAUUUCAUUUUGAUUAUGACUCAUUGGUUUGAAAGCAAACAAUGAAUUAAGUGAUGCAUGAUUUGAGGGUAGACGACACAACCUAGAUUGUCUACAAGACUACAUUUGAUGAGAAAUCAAUUAUGAUUUUCAUACCAUAGCACUGAGAACUAAGUCAAUAGUAUAUAGUGAUGAACUCUGUUAGUGUAAGCAGACACAUUGUAAUGGCAAGAUUUGUUUUCCAUAAAAGUUUUUGUUAUUUUAUUA